GGGCUCGGCGGUGGGCAUUACGCCGCACGACGGGGGUGGCUGCUGCUGCUGUCUGUUGGUGGGGUUUUGGUGUGGAUUUUUUUCCUCUCGCUCUCUGAGCGUGGGAGUUUGAAAGCAUGGUGGAGGCGGAAUGAGAGUGUGCGUGGAGGAAGUCCACUCGUGGUUCUCCCGGGGCUCACCGCGGUGAGGAUGCGGGUUGCUAGCGGGCUGCCCUGGGCAUCCUGCGGAGGGCCGGGGGCUGCGAUGGGUUUGCUUGGUCCUGCCCCCGAGGGGCAGACCUGGGAGCAGCACUUCCAGCACUCAUGGCAAAGCCAUUAACUCAGCCUGUCUGUGGAGGGGCCCCGAGGAGGACAAACGCUUCGGAAUCCGCGGCGGGUACAACUACCAGAUAAGCAAUGUGCACUGCCCUGAGCCCGAAGGCACGUGGGCCUGGCCUGUCCGACAUGCAUCAGUAUAGUCAAUGGCUUGCAAGUAGACAUGAGGCCAACUUGCUGCCAAUGAAAGAGGAUUUGGCCCUGUGGCUCACAAACCUGCUGGGUAGAGAAAUAACAGCAGAAACCUUUAUGGAGAAAUUGGAUAAUGGUGCCUUGCUUUGCCGGUUAGCUGAAACCCUGCAGGACAAAUUAAAAGAAAACAGCUUUGAUGCAAACAAGCCUGGCAAAACCUUACCAGUUCGGAAAAUUCCAUGCAAAGCCAAUGCUCCUUCAGGGUCUUUUUUUGCACGGGACAACACAGCAAAUUUCUUAUCCUGGUGCAGAGAUGUAGGUGUGGAUGAUACCUGCCUGUUUGAAUCAGAAGGUUUGGUACUCCACAAGCAGCCAAGAGAAGUGUGCCUUUGUUUGCUGGAACUUGGAAGAAUUGCAGCAAGAUUUGGGGUGGAACCUCCUGGAUUAAUAAAAUUGGAAAAAGAGAUUGAACAAGAGGAAACACUUUCAGCUCCUCUUCCAUCUCCUUCACCAUCACCCACAAAGUCUCCUGGGAAAAAAAGCACAGGAAAACUGUUGGAUGAUGCUGUUAAACAUAUUUCUGAAGAUCCACCAUGUAAAUGCCCUAAUAAGUUCUGUGUGGAACGUCUUUCACAGGGAAGAUACAGAGUUGGAGAGAAGAUCCUUUUUAUUAGGGCACAUAACUGUGACCUGAUAAAACUGAGCACUUGUAAACAGAAGAAGUCAGAGGGACUCCUUCUUACCUGCAGAAGUCAAGUUCCUGUUUCAACAAAAUACCAGAGUGCUUAUUCAUUCAUAAAUUUCUGCUUAAUUUAACUUACAGUGAAGUCAAUGAAGCCAGGUAAGGUUUGGGUUUUCUCAGGAGUGUGAAGUUGGGAACAUGUAUAAGUACUGUGCUGAAUAAGUAUUAAGAACUCCUAAUUAAUUCAGUUACAGAUCAUAAAGAAGAAGAAAUAAGGGAUUUGUUAAAUCUCACAGCUAGUUUGAGAUUUAACAUGCUAGUAUAAAGGAUUAAUAGCUUUUCUGGUUUGUAGCCAGUGAGACUUUUUUUUUAAUUCUGCAGUAUAUUUAGGUAAUAGCUUUAUUACUAGUUUCAAACCACUUUGAAAAAUGUAAUGGUUAUUAACCAAAGACCUCAGAAAUCUGGCACAGUUUAACAUCUACAUUUUCUUCCUUUUGGUUUUCAUUUUAAAAACAGUAUCAAAGUAUUUUUAAUCUUUUAAUUUUAAGAAACUUGAAUUCUGCGAGAAUGGUGAGUAUCAAAUUUCCUUUUGCUGGUUUUUUAGUUAUGCAGUCUAGUCCAAGCCACAUUUCAUUCCAAAUUUGCAAACAAAACAUCCUUUUCAUAUCACACUUCUGCAUUCCAGGUUGAAUUUUGCAAAAAAAAAAAA